GAGGUCUCCGUUCGGGUCGGGGGUGACAAAGAUGGCGGCUGAGGAGCAGGAUGGGGAGCUGGAAAGAAACAGUAUCAAAGAGAAGGCCAGGUUGCGCUUGAGGGAGUUCGAUGUGCGGGAUAGGUUCUCCCACUUGCCGCUGGCCAGAGCCGCUGUUCUCCUUCCGCUGAUGGUGAGGGCGGGGAAGCUGCACCUGCUGCUCACGGUGCGGUCCAUGCAGAUGAAUUACUUGGUAACACCAGUCGUAGGAUUUAUAGAGGAUACAUUCCAGCCCUCUCCUAAUCCUGAUGAAGUGAGCAAUGUUUUUGUCAUACCAUUGGAAUACUUUAUCAAGCCCUUAAAUUACCAGACUGUGCCUUAUAAAACCUCAUCUGGUUACCACGGUCGGAUGCACUCCUUUACAUAUGAUGACCCGGAACAUAAAAUGUCAUUCAGGAUAUGGGGACUUACUGCCCACUUUGCUGUAUUUCUUGCUCUUGUAAUUUUUAGAAGGAGACCUACCUUUGAAAUUGAUUAUGAUCUGGACAACUUAACUUCAUCCUCUGAGAAUUACUUCAUGAAUUUAUAUGCAUCUGUGUAUGAAAGAAAGAAGAGUAAUAUAUAACAAAUUAGUCUGGCAAUGAAUUUACAUUAAAGGAGGAAAAAAGGUUUUGUUUAUUCCCUUUAUACCAGUUCUUAGUUUGAAUUUCCUCUGAAUUAGGAACUGAUUAAAAAUUAUUUUUAAAUAACAAGUUGACAAUCCCUAGCUAGAUUAAUACAACUGUUGAUUUCGUUUAGAGCUGCCAAAAACACAUGUUUUUUUUUGAUGGACUUAAUAUACAGUUUUGGAAGAUGUGUUACACUUUCUGCCUUUGUUUUAUGGGACCUAAGACACUUUCUGUGGUUUGCCUUCUGUAUAAUGAGAUAAUACUAUUCUAUCUAUUUUUUGUGUGUUUGAAUUAGAAUAUGAGGACUUUUGGAGGUUUACGUGUGGCAUACUACAUACAACAACAAUGCACAGUCUUGUGUGGUAUCUUUAAGCACUUACAAAACACAAUAAAAAUCUAAAAGGUGGCACAUGCUUUCACAAUCUUAUUUUGUUUUGGUUGGGAUCAUGGAGGGAAGAGGAAGAUUUAAUGGGGUUUUGUUAGCUUUGCUCAAUUUAACAUUCCUCACAAGGAGAUUCUGUAGGCUAUGGAAGACAGUGUACAGGUAACAGUACUGAAUUUGCUCCUCAGCACCUUGUUAGCAUCACCCACCCAGCUCCUAGAGGAAGUAAUCUUAAGGAAAGAAAUGUGGAGUUGACUGUUCAUAAGGACUAAAAUGCUUCUCUGUAGCUGAGCGUUUAGAAGUCACCGUGGCAAUGUAAGAUACAUGGGGUUCUUUGUGCUGUGAAUCCUUGCUUCCACAUUGCUGGUGAACUAGAAGCUUAUUCACAGUGGUCAUGAUCUCAUUGCCAAAUGGUUAAGUUUUUAAAAGCAAAAUUGGCUGGAUUUGAGGUGUAGUUUGGAAUUAAAUAAGUUACUGGUCCUUAAAUAGUUGGUCUUCUCUGAGUAGCAUGUAUGAGCUGAAAGUAUUUGAUGUCCCUCAGGAUCACAUGCUCUAGUGUUAGUAUUGAAUCAGGUGAAAAAAAA